CGCUGCGGGUCCCCUCGGCGCGCGGGCAGCUCCUGCGGGCUUCGCGGACGGAGGCCGGUCGCGGGGCACGAGGCUGGGGCGCACCCUAGCCUGCCGAGGUGCCGGGGACGAGCGGGCCGGGGCCAGCGGCCGCCGAACGGGACCCUCAACUUCUGCCCGCUCCCCGCGCGCGCGGCCCCGCUCUCCAUGCCGCAGCUCGGCCCCUCGCCCCGCAGCUGACGGCGCCGCCGCUCCGGCAGGACCCAUGCCCUGCGCGCGCCGGGGGCCAUAGCGGCCGUGGGGGCGUCCAUGGAUCGCCACUCCAGCUACAUCUUCGUUUGGCUGCAGCUCGAGCUCUGCGCCAUGGCCGUGCUGCUCACCAAAGGUGAAAUUCGAUGCUACUGUGACGCUGCCCACUGCGUGGCCACUGGUUACAUGUGUAAAUCUGAGCUCAGUGCCUGCUUCUCGAGACUGCUCGACCCUCAGAACACAAACUCCCCGCUCACCCAUGGCUGCCUGGACUCCCUCGCAAGCACGGCAGAUGUCUGCCAAGCCAAACAGGCCCAGAACCACUCCGGCACCACCAUGCCCACACUGGAAUGCUGUCACGAAGACAUGUGCAACUACAGAGGGCUGCGCGAUGUCCUCUCUCCUCCCAGGGGGGAGGCCUCAGGACAAGGAAACCGGUAUCAGCAUGAGGGUAGCAGGAACCUCAUCACCAAGGUGCAGGAGCUGACUUCUUCCAAAGAGCUGUGGUUCCGGGCAGCAGUGAUUGCUGUCCCCAUUGCUGGAGGGCUGAUCUUAGUGUUGCUCAUCACGCUGGCCUUGAGGAUGCUUCGCAGUGAGAACAAGAGACUGCAGGAUCAGAGGCAGCAGAUGCUCUCCCGUUUGCACUACAGCUUCCACGGACACCAUUCGAAAAAGGGGCAGAUCGCAAAGUUAGACUUGGAGUGCAUGGUGCCGGUCAGCGGGCACGAGAACUGCUGUCUGACCUGUGACAAAAUGCGACAAGCAGACCUCAGCAACGACAAGAUCCUCUCGCUUGUUCACUGGGGCAUGUACAGCGGACACGGGAAGCUGGAAUUCGUAUGACGGAGUCUUAUCUGAACUAAACUUCUUGAACGCUUGAAGGCCUUUGAGUUCUGCUGGACAGGAGCACUUUAUCUGAAGUAACAUAAACUCAUUUAAUCAUCUUUGAGAGACAAAAUGACCUCUGCAAACAGAAUCUUGGAUAUUUCUUCUGAAGGAUUAUUUGCACAGACUUAAAUACAGUCAAAUGUAUUAUUUGCUUUAAAAUGGUGAAAAGCAAAGAGAAGACUAUGUACACACUGUUACCAGGGCUAUUUGCAUCCAAGGGAGCUGGAAAUGAGUUCCUAAAUAAACUAAAAUGUGCUCUAUGUAAGCUUCUACAUCUUGAUUUAUUGUAAAGAUUUAAAAGAAAUAUAUAUAUUUUGUCUGAAAUCCAGUGUUGUCUUUUGUAAAUGAGAAACUGGGAAGUGUAAGAAAGUGCAUAUUAAUUAUACAAAUGAAGAUCAGCUGCUGCUCAUACAGUAGCUGGUUCUCAACUGUAGGAUUUGGCUUGACUUUUUUCUUUUUUUUUUCCUAAACAAGGCCAAGAUCUUGUUUAAUC